GGAACAAGGAUGGUUCCUAGCCUCACCACAUCACAGAACAGAUUCACAAGCAAGAACCAUCUGAAUCUGGUUCCUCUUAUACUCUGUUCACUAACUCUAAUCUAACCCAUCGAAUCCUCGAACUCAAAGAUCAAAAUCAAAUGCUGAUGACGUCCGGGAAGCAAUCCCAACAACAGCAAUCUUCGUGGCACACCCUCUUCUCUCUGCGAGGAUCACUCCUAACCCUCGCAAUCGUCACCCUUCUCUCCUUCACCUAUCUCUCUCUUAAAUACUCCACCCCUGCACCUCAGGUCUCCGUUACGAAGCUGGUCGAUGCCGCAGACGAUGCGGCAAACGAAGAAGAAGAGGGAGAGGAGUUUUCGGAUAUAUAUCACUCGGCGCGUGUGUUCAAGCUGAAUUACGCGGAGAUGGAGAAGAAGUUCAAGGUUUAUAUAUACCCAGAUGGGGAUCCCAACACGUUUUAUCAAACGCCGAGGAAGCUCACCGGAAAGUACGCCAGUGAGGGAUAUUUCUUCCAGAACAUUAGGGAGAGUCGAUUCCGCACCCUCCAUCCCGAUCAGGCACACCUCUUCUUCAUUCCCAUUUCGUGUCACAAGAUGCGUGGCAAGGGCACAUCUUAUGAGAAUAUGACCAUAAUUGUACAAAAUUACGUGGAGAGCUUAAUGUCCAAAUAUCCUUAUUGGAACAGAACCUUGGGUGCUGAUCACUUCUUUGUCACUUGUCAUGAUGUUGGAGUAAGGGCAACAGAAGGACUUCCAUUUCUUGUGAAGAAUUCUAUUCGAGCAGUGUGCUCCCCCAGCUAUGAUGUUGGAUUCAUUCCACACAAAGAUGUUGCUCUCCCUCAAGUACUACAGCCAUUUGCUCUUCCAGCUGGAGGGAAUGAUAUAGAAAACAGGACUAAUCUUGGAUUUUGGGCUGGCCAUCGUAACUCUAAAAUUAGAGUUAUUCUUGCACGUGUAUGGGAAAAUGACACCGAACUUGAUAUUUCAAACAACAGAAUUAGUAGGGCUACUGGGCAUCUAGUAUACCAGAAGAGAUUUUACAGAACUAAGUUUUGUAUAUGCCCUGGUGGUUCACAGGUUAAUAGUGCUCGAAUAGCAGACUCUAUCCAUUAUGGAUGCAUCCCUGUGAUAUUGUCAGAUUACUAUGACCUUCCUUUUAAUGAUAUUCUUGACUGGAGAAAAUUUGCUGUCGUACUCAAGGAGAGUGAUGUAUACCAGCUUAAACAAAUCCUCAAAAAUAUAUCGGAUGCUGAGUUUGUUGAACUACAUAAUAAUUUAGUAAAGGUUCAGAGACACUUCCAAUGGAAUUCGCCCCCAAUCAGAUAUGAUGCCUUCCAUAUGGUUAUGUAUGACCUCUGGUUACGCCACCACACAAUCCAAUACUGAUAUUAAGAGUCAUUCUUGUUUUUUGUAUACACCUUACAGUUUUAGCAACCCAGAGCACUGUAAAUAGCUACAUUACAGUUUUUGUAUGACAGCUGUUUCAUCAAUAUUCUUGCACCCAUUA